GGUAGAAGAUGGAAGAACAGGGUGCUCAGAAAACUGAUGCGCUAGGUUCCUCCGAAACGUUGGCAGCCCGGAAAGGAGACUGCGUAGCGUCACAACCCAGAAGACCGCAAUAAAAUACCAGUCCGUUGAGUGAAGGGAUAUUUGCUAAGAUCCAACCAUUUAUCCGAGUGCAUGGACGCUCGUCGCUAAGAUACAGCCUCGUGUCUCAGUGAAGUGACGUCUGCUGAGAUAGCGACUUGUGUGUCUAAUGUAUGUCUGCAGUCACUUGUUUGAAGAGAUUUGUCAUUAAGGUGCAGUAAUUUGUUGCGUGAAGGGACGUCCGUCUCUAGAAUACAGUCACAUAUUUCAGUAAGUGACACAUAAGAUGUCUGAGUGGAAGGACUUCAAUUCGUAAUAUAGGGGUGCAGUCACUUAUUUGAGUGAUGGGACAUCCGUCGCUCAGAUACAAUCAUUUUUGUCUGAAUGCACAGACGUCUUGACGAAAUUCUCGUGUCAUUAAGAUACAGGCGCUUUUCUGAUUGAAACACCAUCCCUUACAAGAAAUUGUCAGUAAUACAGUUCCUGAUCAAUGAAUACGCGUUAUGUGUAUUUAUUUUUUGAAGUUAUUACAAAUUGUGUCAUGUUUGAAAGUGUGCUCCUUGCUGCGAGAUGUAGGACGACACGCCUUUUUUUGGGAUUUUUAAUUGUUUUUGAACACCAACGUUUUGACAAAGUGUGAAGUUAAGCUUCGUGAUACUGUAUCACUGUCAGGAAGGAACACCACCUCCGUCAGGAACGUUAUUUAAAGUGGAGAUAACUAUGUAUAAAGCCGGCUACAAAUAACAGGUCAUUAGCAACCAACCCUGCCGUGAACAAUGGUGACAAGGAAUUACGGUAUGCCAGAUCUGUCACCCUAUCCUAGACUUUUGCAGAUUGGAAGUGGGCACAUUGGUAGGGAUGAUAUUGAAGACCACUGCGACAUUCUGACAUUGGAUGAACUCAGACCUCACCCUGUGGCUACACAGUCCAUCCAGCAGCAUGAGGGGGCCGUCUACUAUGAUCUUUCCUCAAUUCCCGAAAGUUCCUGUUCCACAUCCAUGUACCUCGGAGGCGGUCCGACUCCGACCCCAUCUAGCGGUGCGACCAUGGAACUGCAGCACCCCGCUGAAAACACCAGAGAGCUGACACGGAAACGCAAGAACUCGAUGAGCAAAGGCAGUGACCUGGAGGAUGACACUGGAGAUGAUGCCAAGUCUGUGCGUACCACUGAGGACAAUAAGAAGCAGAACCACAGUGAAAUAGAGAAGCGUCGCCGUGACAAGAUGAACACAUACAUCACUGAGCUCUCAGCCAUGGUGCCAAUGUGCCAUGCCAUGUCACGCAAACUGGAUAAGCUCACAGUUCUCCGGAUGGCUGUGCAGCAUCUGAAGACUAUCCGCGGUGCCAUCCAUUCUUACACAGAAGGUCACUACAAGCCAGCUUUCCUCUCUGAUCAAGAACUGAAAACUCUUAUACUUCAGGCUGCCGAAGGAUUCCUAUUUGUUGUGGGCUGUGAUCGAGGACGUAUUCUCUAUGUGUCAGAAUCAGUGUCACAAAUUCUCAACUAUUCACAGGGUGACUUGCUGGGUCAAUCAUGGUUUGAUAUUUUGCACCCAAAGGAUGUGGCCAAGGUAAAAGAACAGCUGUCCUCUUCUGACCUCAGUCCACGGGAGAGACUUAUUGAUGCAAAAACAAUGUUACCAGUGAAGACAGAUGUUCCACAGGGUGUGUCAAGGCUUUGUCCAGGUGCACGCCGUUCAUUCUUCUGCCGCAUGAAAUGCAAACUACCAGCACAAGUGAAGGAAGAUGCUAACAUCUCUACUGGAUUUAACCGCCGCAAGAAGCAGCACACCUCUGACAGGAAGUACUGUGUGAUCCAGUGCACAGGAUAUCUCAAGUCAUGGGCACCAGCCAAGAUUGGAUUGGAGGAGUCAGAAGGGGAAGGAGAUGGGGAAGCAUGCAACUUGUCAUGUCUGGUGGCAGUAGGACGUGUUCAGCCCCAGAUAACACCCCUGUCCUCAAAUUUUACAGCAAAUCCACAUCGUCGGCAGCCCAAUGUUCGCACAAUACAAUUCAUAUCACGUCAUGCCAUGGAUGGGAAGUUCCUUUUUGUUGACCAGAGGGCAACACUAGUGCUGGGCUUCCUGCCACAAGAACUCCUGGGUACAAGCAUGUAUGAGUAUUACCAUCACGAUGAUAUACUUCAUCUAGCUGAAUCACACAAAGCAGCCCUCCAAGCAUCAGAUCGCGUAACAACUCAGGUUUAUCAGUUCCGAAGCAAAGAUGGUUGUUUUGUGCGCUUGCAGAGUGAAUGGAAGUCAUUCAGAAAUCCAUGGACAAAAGAUGUGGAAUACCUUGUAGCCAAAAAUAGUGUAGUUCUGUCAGAUAUGCGUGUAGUUGAGAGCAGUGUUGUGAGGUCAGAGGUGCCAAGCCACUCACAACAGAGUUUUGAUAUUUUCUCUCAGUCUGCUGGAGGACGAGAUAUGCAGAGGCUCAUCAGCACGCAUGUAGAGGCAAGUAAAAUUGGGCGGCAAAUAGCUGAGGAAGUGUUAGACUCACAACGACGUGGAGGGGAUUCAUCAUCUGACAACAGUCCAUCACCUGAUGCAGAAAAAGCUGUGACCCCACAAGUCACACAGUCCAGUGAAGAGUCUUUAGCCAUAAGCAAAUCGAGUGAACAGCUGUCACAACAAAGAAAUACUCCAGCGCUUGAGCAGACGAAUCAUAACAAUAACCAUAACAACACAUCAGGGCCAUUCAGUCAAAUCCGCAACAAUGUUCAGCUCUCAGCUGCAAGUGAGCCAGGUGAGGUGUUGCUUGCAGAGCUCUUCUCUGACUCAGGUUUCCAAAGUUCUUCAGGUGUUGAAGCAGAUGAUGAGAUCAUGGAUAUGAUGGGAAGUGCUACUUUACCAGAGUCACCAAACCCUGGAGUUUCCAGUGACGGCAAUGAUGAAGCUGCAAUGGCUGUGAUUAUGAGUCUUUUGGAAGCAGAUGCUGGUCUUGGUGGGCCAGUGGACUUUUCUGGUCUGCCUUGGCCCUUACCAUGAACUGUAACUUUUGAAGGUAGUGGCCAUCGGCUUUCCACUGUUCUUAAAACAAUUGUACAUGAUCUAGGCUGUAGAUCACACAGAAACUGAGAACAAAAUGUGAAUGACUAAUUAACAAGAUUGGUAAUUAUGAUGUACUGAGCAUGACACCUGCAGUCAGUACAUAUACAGAUAAUAGCAAGUUAGAAAAAUAUAUGUUGGAAAACUGAUUUAUUGUUCAUCAUGACCUGUGAUUAUUAGUCAUAAAGGAAUACAAGUCUUUGUAAUACUGACAUGUUAAUGCUGGAAAAAGAAAGAAUAAUUAGUACAAAUACAUACAUACAUAUUUUAUUACAUUCUAUGGAUCCAUCAGACAGUCCUGAUGACAAUAGGAUCUGGAAAAAGUCAUAACAAUAAUAAUACAAUACAUAUUAUAAAGUAAAUUUCAUACUAUUAUAUAAAUUUCAUACAAUACAAACAAAGAGUUCACCUAAAGUAAUGAUAAGUUACAAAUAAAUCUACCCAUUACAUACAGAAGAUAAAUUAUCACUUAUUUGUAAACAACAGAAAUUCAAAACCUGUAAAUGAGUAAUCAUGAUGAUGUCACACAGAAGCUGAUAAAUUUUCAUCUUUGUUUCUUUUUCUACAUAAUCACUAUCUUUGAAAACAUAGAUAAGUGAAGUGAAAACAAAGAACUGUAGCUUGACUAACCCAUAUGAUGGACUUAAACAAAUCCACUGUGCAUUCAGCUGGCAUUAGCCAUAUGUAAAGAAACAGCACAAUACUGAAAAUGUGUUAUAUACAUCUGUAAUACAGCAGGAAAUAUGGAAUCAGAAGGGAAUGUCAGCUUUGAAAAAUCUUACUUGGUCAGAUUUACUGUUUGCACAUAGUUUCUACAGUCAUAAAGAAGUUUAAGAGUAGUAUCAUAAAUAAGGAAAAAUGUUGUCUACCAUUUUUGUAAUAAAAUAUACAUUCCAACAGGCGAAGAAGGCAAGUGUGAUGGCAGUAGCAUGACAUCUAUUGAAGCUUAGUGGAGUCAUACUACUACUAUGUUGCCACGUGAUUUUUCCAUCCAAAUGCUGUGCCUCCCAUUUUCAACAUUUCCAUUUGUGUUCUGGCUUUAGUCAAUUGUUAUGUGGGACAUCUUGCAUUGGUAUGCACUGGUUGGUAUUGAAGUAGGUAAAAGGAUUCAUUCCUGGGUUAUGCUGUAUAGUAUUGAAUGUUAGGAUGAUUGUAGGUCUGGAAUUGUAAGGGGUGUGGAAAUGAUCAAGACUUAUUCUGGGAUGCUGAAUUCAAAUAAUAUAGUACUGGUUCCUCAAAUGAACGAGAGAAUGGUAAUAUGGGAAUGACAAACCUGAAUCUGUGAAGUGGAAGGUCACAAGAUUUCUGUGGUUCUUUGUGCCCUGUAAGAAGCCUUAAAACUAUCCAGCACAUCCAAAUGAUACAAGUUUGAAAUGUGAAAGAACUGAAGUUAGUAACACAGAUCAUUUUGUACAUGCCUCACAAGUGUCCUUGAAACUUAAUUACUGUUGUAAUAAAAUAUUUUAUGACAUUAUAGUUUAUGAAUAAGAUGUAUAUAUUUGAAGCGUGGUUGCUGAAGAGUUACUUACAUCAUAGAAGAUUUCCAAGAAAUAUUAUUUGUAAAUAGUUGUAGUAAUAGUCUUGUGGUUGAACCAGUGAUCUCGAAGAAAGUUAAUAAAAGGACAGAGUAUAGUCCUUUGUUAUUGAUGUUAAUGUAAGAUGGAACAAGUCGUGGUAUAUGACAAACUUGUCGUGUUGUUGAUUUAUUUUGUAAAAAUAUCAAACUAUUCAAAUUGUAGGAUUUGAGGUUCUCACAUUGAUGAGUAUGAAGAUGGUUGUCUGAUGGGUUGUAGUCUGGUAGAAGGUUACCAAUGCUUCAGAGGUCCUUGCUGCCUUGAUUAUCAGGGUGAUGAUCACUCAUCUUUCAUCACUUGAUAAUGAAGGUAGCAACGACCUCUGAAAUGUUGGUGAACUUCUACCAGACUACAUGGUGCUACACCCCAGAAGACAGCCAUCUUCUUCAAGUUAUAUUUUAAAUGUUAAAUGUAUGAAAAUAUAACCAUAUUUAUAAUGAGUGCACUGCUACAUUUUCCACCAUCUUUCUUUUAGUUUCCCAGUUUCUUUACUACUUAGUUAUAUGAUGAACUGUGACAAGAAGGCAUAUUGUGAAACACAAAUAAUUAACCAUAUUUACUGGUACAUAAGAUGUACCAUGUUUGCAGAAGUAUAUAUUCACUAUAUUUACAUUAGAAACCUUUAGAAUAAAGAAGGGCAGAAUGAUUUUAGGAGAAAAAAUGGCUGAUAAACUUGGUAAAUCCAAAUUCAACAUUCUUAGUGAAUCUUUGUUGUUUCUUCUCAUGGUUUAAAGAAUGUAUAAAGAAUCUGGAUCUAA